UGUGAACCGCUGUCAUGUAAUUUGCAAUUUAUCAAACAAAUACACAGCAAGAGAAAGUUUUUCAAUACGCUCUCCAGUAACGUUAUUUCAUCCUCGUGGUUCGAGCGUUUAAUUCUUACAGAAAACAUUAUAAUAAUAACUUACAGAAAUAAAGUACUUAAAACAAAAUGUGGCGUAUAACGUUUAAUGAGACGCGACAACGUAUUGGAUAAUAAUAUAUACAGUAUAUCACUGUAAGGAAUGAGCGGAUAAUGUCAUAUUUUAUGUCAUUAGCAACAGGUAAACUAGAAAGCACAAUAUUAUUAUGCAUAAAUGUGUGUUUCAAACGAAUAAGAUAUUUUGCUUGUGAUCUAUCGGAAAAUAAACUCAUACUUUAUUGAAAUAAUCAAUUUAGCAGGUGGUGUUAUUGAUUCAAUUGGAAAUCUUUGUGCUUGCUUGUAAAAAUAUCAGGAUUGCUAUCAAGAGGAAUAAUGCAUUUCAACCUGCAACCAGAUCAUUUGCAUAUAAAUGACUGAAGAACUCAAGUUAUAUGUAAAGUCAACGGGGAAAUGUUAUAUUGAUGAGAGCAUUAUACACUGUGAAAAAAUAAUAAAAUCAUUUUGAAAUAGAUAAUUAAAUAAAGUAAAAUACAAUGAUCGGCUACAUCUAUUUUUUAAUGUGUAUUUCGUGGAUAAAAAUUCUGAGUUAAUUCUAAACGUCAGAUUCUCGAAACUUCAUAUAAUACUUAUUUAAUGUAUUUGAAAUCAAUUCCAAGUAACGUUUAAAAAAAUGGGGUUGUCACAUGGAAAAUCAGUUCAUGGAGCGGAAAACAAACUAAAGAGAAAGGCAAAGGCAUUUAAUCCAAAUGAACCUGCUCCUUUAGUUACACCAUAUGAAGUGAAAAUUUUAAAGGAAAUGUGGGCUGUCAUUAAGGAUGAUAUUUCUAAAGUUGGAGUUAUAACAUUUGUAAGUCUGUUCGAGACACAUCCUGAAGUGCAAAAUGUAUUUAUGUCCUUCCGAACAAAGAACACCUCUGAUCUAGAGUACAAUCACAUUCUUCGUGCGCAUGCGCUCAGAGUGAUGGGCACAGUGGAUAAAUGUAUUUAUAGACUGGACAACCGCGACAAAUUGCGGGAUUUGAUGAUGGAUCUAGGGAUACGGCACCAGAACUACUCAGUGAAAAUAGAGUAUAUCGACUUGAUGGGUCCACAGUUUAUAUCGUCCAUCAAACCACAUCUAGAAAACAUGUGGACUGAAGAACAUGAACGAGCUUGGGAGAAUCUCUUUCAGCUUAUGUGUUAUUACAUGAAGAAAGGCAUGUGUAGUAUAUGACGCACGUCAAACAUUGAGUUGAGGAAAGCUUUAGCAUAUAUACUGUGCAAUCACUUCACUGGCAGGAACAUACCGUAUGUGUCUUCAUUGACCAAAAUAUAAGUGUUAGCGCUAAAACAACAGACUGUUCUGUGUUCUUUAGCGUGAACUUUUUCUAAGUUGAAAAACUUAUAUCGAAAAUAGAAUGUGUGGUUUGAUAGAAAUUGUUAUAAACGAAAAGUAUUUUAUGUAUUAUAGUUUAGUUAGAAGAUGAUUUUUGUUGUAAAAUAUGACGCUCAAGCCGUGCAAUAUAUUCCAUAAAGUAAUUGUGAUAAUGAAAUGUAUGAUUGGCCGUCCUUCUAGAAACAUUUGUUUUAAAGCAGCUUGGGUUCAGCACUUAUUGUAAAUAUUGACUUAAUUGUCUAUAAUACAAACGAAUUAUGAUCACUUCUUGAAACCCGGUUGACUGAAAUCAGUCAAACUGAAGCAUUAAAAAGUAUUAUAGAAUUCCAGUUCAGACAAGAUAAUUGCAUUUACCGUAGCUGUAAAAUAGGGUCUAUACAUGUGAAUACCAUAACUCAAAUUAUAUAUACAUGUACUAGCAAACAUACUCACCACUAGGUAAUUUUUAUUGUUGUCUUCAAAGUAGGCUAGUUUUCGGCUUUUUAGAUUUGUCAAAUACAAGAGGUGUUCUAAUUAUAAUUAAACAGUAUUAAAUUCAAAUUUCUAAGAGGAGAGCAAAUAAUUUCAAAAUUUGUGCGUUUUUUCAUUGCAAUGGGUCCACCUUUACAAUGUCUUAUCGAUAUGCAUACUGUGAAUCCAUGCUUUCAGAAUAUUAGUACAAACAUAGGUGAUUAAUUCGUCUUAAAACUGGUUAACAAUGUUUUGAAAAUACUGUUGCUUGUAGAAAUAUCUUAAAUCAGUGCCUAAAUUUAUUAAAGAGGAAUUGACCAGAAAUGAUGUUACAUUAUAACAGCGAAUCUAGUUAGACAUUGAUAUAUCUUAAAACCAGGGAAGUCUAUUUUAUAACUACAGAGAUUGUGAUUCAAAAGGGUCCGGACGCAAGCCAAACAGGUUGGUAUAUGGUGAAUCUGAAAGAGAAAAAUGCAGAAGAGCGAAAUAAAGACCGUAAAAACCGAAGGACUGUACAUACAGCAUAUGCGACUGGUCUUAACGCUGCGGAUUGGUCUAUUACUGUCUCGAAUCUCAAAAAGAACAUUUGUUGCAUGUACAUAUAGAUAAACGAACACAUGUUUUUGUGUUCAUUUUGUUAAACUAUAACGUUGAACACCUCUCACCUGUAGUUUGACUUUGAACCAGUAUUAUUGUCUUUGAUGAUUUUUAUUUAAAGUUAUGGUUGGUCUCAUACACUCCAAAGUGAUAGCAGUAUCAUCACUUUUAUCAAACACGCAAAUUACAAAUUAUUACAAAUAUAAUAAAAAUAUCCAAUGAAUUACAAUUAUUUGGGCAGACAUAAACGAAACAAGAAAUAAAAAUCAAGAAAUAACUACCGCAAAAUAUACCGAAUUUAGAUCUUUUUCGCCAUUUUAAAACGAGCGGCUUGAUCAUUUGUCGAACUAGUUUUCUGUGCUUCCGAGAAUCUACACUAAGGCUUACCUAUUAUCUUUUAUAUGUGCAAAACAAAAUAGUUCUAUCUUUUCCUGUAUCAGAAUCAAACGAUAUCAUUUAUAAAGAUCUUUUUACAGGUUCAGUUAGAAGUAUUGUCAUUGACUUCAAACAUUUCUAAAGAAACGCGACACUUGUUAUAAUUACAAAUUAAAAAUACAUAUACAUGUAUGAAAGGGGAGCAUGGUAUAUAGAAAGUAUAUGUCAAAAAAUUGGUUAUUUAUUGUUCUUUAUACAUUGUAAAUAGUUGUCAUUGCAUGUUUGAGCAAUUUCUCGUUAAUUGCUACUAAAUCAAAAUGUGUGAAAUAAAAUGGUCAAGUAUUA